ACGCCACAUGUCAGUGGAUUGUUUUGGUCAAUGUUUCCUUCGGUAAAAUGUCAUCUAACUCCAAACUUCUGGAGGACAGAGUGUACGCAACGUUGAAAACUGUCUUCGGGCAUGGCGAAUUCAAAAGUCAACUACAAAAACAGGCGAUCCUUAGCAUCGUAGGAGGUCGCAGCGAUGCCUUUGUCUCCAUGCCAACGGGAGCUGGGAAAUCCCUCUGUUACCAGCUUCCUGCAGUUAUCGCAGAUGGGGUUUCACUGAUUGUCUCCCCUUUGAUAGCUCUCAUGCAGGAUCAGCUUGACCAUCUGCAGUCGAUCAAAGUCGUGGCCAACACACUCAACUCCAAAAUGACCGUGAAAGAACGCAGCCGAGUGCUAGCUGAUCUGCACUCCACGAAACCAAAGAUAAAACUGCUCUACAUUACACCCGAACAGGCUGCAACGGAUCACUUCAAGUCUCUGGUUGAAUCUCUGGCCAACCGCAAUCUGAUUGGCUAUUUUGUUGUUGAUGAAGCUCACUGUGUCUCACAGUGGGGCCAUGACUUUCGUCCAGAUUACCUCAAGCUCGGAACCCUUCGCUACAAGAUGCCCACUGUGUCUUGUCUUGCAUUGACAGCAACAGCUACAGGUCAGGUUGUGGAGGACAUCAUGAAGCAGUUGAAGAUGAAGAAGAAUGUGCUUAAGUUUAAGUCAAGUAGUUUUAGAGAGAAUCUGUUUUAUGAGAUAUGUCUGAAAGAAAUUUUGCCAGACCCUUAUGAAGAUCUUGCUGUUUUUGUGAGGAAACACCUGGGAUAUGAUCCAGAUACUGAAGAGAAAGUGGAAGACUGGACUGACUUUGGAUGUGGGAUCGUCUACAGUCGUACGAGGAAUGGAUGUGAAGAGAUUGCGUAUCAGCUGUCUCGUAAGGGUAUUCCAACCAAGGCAUACCACGCGGGUCUGAAGCAGUCAGAGAGGGAGACGGUGCAGACUGACUGGAUGGAGGGCAGGGUGCCUGUUAUUGUCGCCACCAUCAGCUUCGGGAUGGGUGUCGAUAAAAGAAAUGUCAGGUUUGUUGCUCACUGGACGUUACCCACCUCCAUGGCUGGCUACUACCAGGAAUCUGGCCGUGCAGGGAGAGACGGCAAGCCGUCUGUGUGUCGGCUGUACUACUCACGAGAAGAGAGGGAUAGAGUGGCCUUCCUUAUCCGGACAGAUACUAAUAGACAAUCUAGAAAGAAAGACACAGCUGUACUGCGAGCUAAGUCUGCCAAUGCUGGGUUUGAUGCGCUGGUCAGGUUUGCUGAGGAACUGAAAUGUCGACAUGCAAGUAUUGCAGCGUACUUUGAAGAUGAGAAACCUCAAUGUGAUGGGUGCUGUGAUGUGUGCAGUGACCCCAAGUUGGUGGAACUGACCAUGCUCAAUCUUCAGCGAGGGACCUACGCCAGUGUCAACAAGGUUGCUGGAAAAGGUGGCAUCUUCUUCAUGGAUGAAGGCAACACUGAUAUGUACGGAGGAGGCAGAAGAGGAGCUAAGAAAGAGUCGGAUGAUUACGCCCGUGGCUUCAGUGAUGAAGAAGGUCCGGAUAAAGAGGCGCAGGAACUGAAAGAGAAGCAGCAGCGGACACGAAUGAUCAUGAAAGAGUUUAAAAAGCGUGACGAGGGAUUUACAGGCAUCCAAAAGGCCAUGGAAAAGAAAUACCCAGCAGCUAGAGGUGGGUUCGCGAACCCUCCACCUGAGGUUGUCCCAAUGAUAGAAGAAGAGGUUCAAAAGGAUUCAGACUCCUUUAUUUACAAUGAUGCGGAGGUAGUAGCCUGGAUUGCAGAUCGUUUACCUAUAUCCUCGCCUACCCGGGACUCCAACCCAGCAGAUACAUACUGCAUACAGGAUGACGACUUCGAAUCCAUUACCAUACCGCCGAUUAAACCGAUAUCUCAGGUCCCAGAGAAUCUAAACGCAGCAUUUGCCAAAGCUACUAAGAAUCAAGGGCUACAUAUACCAGAGUUUAAUGCUCGGAAAUUCUCAGUACAUAAUAUGGAACCUUUCCUUCGGGCGCAGGAGAUUGAUGAGGACUUUUCUCUGAUCAGCGACUCCAAGUCACACAGUUAUCAAGUUGAGGAUCGCAGGUUAGCUCAGAUAGACACUACUACCAGGAGGGCUUUCUUUGGGCUAGCAAGGUCACGGGCAAUCAACGAGGCGAUGAUUAAAACGUUCAAGAACCCACAGUCGGAAGAAGAACGGAUGGUUUUUUCCGGUCGAGAUUUGCAGGCAUCCAAAAGGCCAUGGAAAAGAAAUACUCCGCAGCUAUUCGUCGUCCAUCUGAAAACUCCAGAAGAAGUUCCGGCAGAGGGCAUUCCUAUGGAUACUCCCGAUCAACGCGGUGCUGAAGAACAGGAUGGUGAACCAAGCAGUCGUCCAGAGAAUGAUUUCAUAGCCCCAACACUUGACUGUCCGCUCAGAGAUGCAACAAGUCAAAAGAUUCCAAAACUCACAGUGAAGAUUCGAGAGCACUGCUUCCAGAUGUUGGAAAAUGCACUAUAUGAAAACUAUAUUGAUUAUUAUGAAAAUGAUGCUGAUCGGAUCAGUGCAAGAGACUAUGUGCCACGAAGUUGUGCCCUUGACCUUGAAUUCCAAACAUUCCAAUCCAAUAAAAUAGCAAAUGUGUACAAGGCUGGGGUUAUGAGAGCUGUGUCAGAAAUUAAGAAAUGUACAAAAGACAAGAAAAUCCACACUUCUCUGGAAUCUAAUACUAGGUCGAGUGCGAGUGGCAAGCCCGGAUCUCCAGCCAGUAGCCCAGGAGCUGACACAACAAACCCAUCUCUCCCCUCAGGAACAAAGGUGCAUAAGAACAUUGACACUGGAGCUUCAAGGCUUAGUGCUUCAUCAGCAUUCGUAACAGCAUCCUCGUUACUUGCAUCACGUGAACGCAAUUCCGAUUCUGUGCCUUCGUCAACAUGUAGCCUUCCAUCGGAGCAUCUCAUCGGAGAAAAUGUGGUGGACAGUACACAGGAUCCCGAGCUGCAGAAGAACAUUCGGAAAAAUCCCACUUACAAGAACAUAUUUUCGAAUCAGGACAGUUGUUCAUCAGGAUCUGAUGAAAGUGAAGCAAAGUUUGACAUUGUUUGUUCCACGACUGCCAUGAGGGACAAAGUGGUGCCUAAAAUUACCUACUUUUUUGAAAGCCAGUCUUUUAAGGGUAAAGAGGACGAAAGUGUCAGCAGUGUUAGUGACAGCUGGACAGUGUCGAGUGUUAGUGUCCUGGACACUGUGGGAGGUGUGAAAAAGUCUGAAAUCAGCAACAAGAAGCGACAUAAAGAGGACAAGUCAGACAAGACUGAGAAAUGCAGCCCACCAGCUAAGAAAGCGAAACCCAGUUAUGAUGAAGCCAGUCCCAACUCCCCGACUGAGAUGAAGGCGUACCCGAUGAAGGAUGGAGAUCAGACGAACCAGCCUCUACGCAUACAGAAGAGUUCCACUGAGUUGAAAGGGGUGGCAGACCUAGUUGUCAAGUACCUCACUCCUCAUUAUAAGGAUGGCAGGUUCGCGACAAAGGAGCUGUUCAAGACAGUGGCCAGGUGUAUUUCUCACAAAGUAGUAGAGACAACAAAGGGACUACCUACAACUGGUAAAGAAGAAACAAAGCGUCUCGUCCGAGAGUUCAUGGAAGAGCAUCGGAAGGUGACCUCCAUGAAGGACUUGACCGGAUGGCUGUGACAGGAGGCGUCGUUGGUCACCCUGUUCUUUAUGCAGAUUGUUAAUAGCAUUUCAGUAAUUGCAUUUACAGAUGUGUAAUGUCCAUUACAUGCUUUGUUAUCUUGCUGUUGUCUGUUUAUGAAGUACAGCAGACUGUUAUCUGUAGACAUGAGGUCUUUGUGUCAGCUUUGAUAUGUCUUCUGUGCUUAUGUCCGAAUACGUUCACAACAACUUUGCUUACUGAUUUCAUAAUUGUUGGGGUUAUCGUGUGAGGCUUUUACAAGCAUGUUUUCUAAAUCCUUUUCGUUUAUUCAUAAACUGAAUAUCUGGGCCUUUUACCAUUAAUGCACUGGAACACACUAUUCUGGUGUCCCCGUCGAGAUAUUGUUGGAAUAUUGCUAAAAGCGGGAUAGCCAUACUCACUCACUUAUACACAGUAGAACUGCUCCCCACCAAAACAACCUGGUUUAUCAGGAUUGUUCAUUGAUUUGUUUUUCAGUCAAGGAAAAGAGAACCAAAAUGUUGAGGGAUUUGUUUCAAGGCAUUAUAACGGACUUCAGGUAUCUGACAAUGCAGUCACCAUCUUCUUUUGUACAUAUAUGGAUUAUGGGUGCGUUGCAAGCCGUGGAUCACUAAUAGUAUACAAAUUAAUCGUUUAUCUGGGCCUGCAACAGCUUGAAGCACUUGCCCACUCUUCCAAAAUGGUGGCACGAUAACAGUUUACUCACCUUAUUUUGUGGAACUUAACAAGAGUUUCGAUGACAAACUGAUUAAUUUAUUACUCUUGAUGACUAAUAAAGAAAAAAUAAAGAAGUUGUUGUCCGUAAGAUUUGUCUUGUAUUACUACACCGACUUCUACAUACCUUUGAAGAAUAUUGAUGACUACAUGGAAGAUGUCAAACGAACUAAGGAUGCGAGGGUGUAAGCUACCUUUUCCCAUCCUCCAGCUGUCCGGUCCCCAUUUCUCGUUCUGCUGUCAAACUCAAAUUUCUCUCAUGCACCAUUUUGGUUUGAGAAUGAAGCAACCUCAGACAACAAUUGAUGCGAUUGUAACCGGCUGAAAAUUAGUGCUCUGUAGUAAGGUGAAUCAGUGUAAAUCAGUUUUAAGCAAUUGGCUGUUUGCAACGCACCCUAAAUCUGCACAUUUCUUAAGCAAUAAAUAUAUAGGUAUAAUUCUAUUUGAAAAUCAGGUCACGUCAUUAUGGUUAGGAACCAAAGGGGAUGGACUUAAAGGAUUGGCCUUAAUAUGUCCUUGCUUGUCGUAGGAGGCCCUCAAUUGGAUGCUUGGUUAGGAGUCUUCAGCAGCCUGUGCUGGUUUUAGCUAAGGGUGAAACGGUACGCUCUUACCACGGAAUGGUACGUAUUGUGGUACUAACAGGAAAAUAUCAACUGUCUAGCAAAGAAAUGCAUACAUUUUGACGAAAAUGAUUCAAUUUCUAGACAUUUUAGAAAAGGUUUUAAAAGGUUAAUACAAUGAUGGUACGAAAAUCGAAAAUACCGAAAUUUUGGAUUGCUUUACGGUAUACCAAACCAAAGGCAAAAUACCGAAGUUCUACUAAUAACGCGGUAUACCAUUUCACCCCUAGUUUUAGCAUGAAAUGUUUGUGUGGUCUGGUUUGUUGACUUGGUUGAUGGUUUGUGUUUGUUGAAUUGUUGCUGACAAUAUCAAUCACUUGAUUUUUGGGUCCAUACUUGAUCAUUUACAGACAGCCAUCAU